CCCUCCAUUAAUACAAGCUCUAUGAACGCAGUAGAAAAACGCUAAUAAACAUAUACACAUACACUCAUUCAUACUGACCCAUCUACAUAUAUACGACACAUACACAUACACAUAUCUACAUAACAGUCAGUGUAGUAAAAUCAGUGAAAGAGUGAGAGAAGGCAGUAUUAUAUGUGCUGCAUACCUUAAAUCUGGCACAUUAAGCUCUCAAAACAAAACUUUAAUCGUUAAUAUCUCGAUUCGCGGGGCAGAGCGACAUUUUUUUCUGCCAGAUUCUUUCGUUUCGUGCAAAACCGUGUCGAAUGAGCCUAAACAUCGAUUUUAGAGCUAUUUCUACGCUCUAAUUGGCCGAGCAUGAACAUAAAAGAUGGAGGAAAUAAAAUUAAUUUAUUUCGCUUACAUCCUUAUGCCUACUGUUACUUCUUCAUAGAACUUAUACUAAUGGAAGCAAAAUAGUGUAUAUGCCGAAACUGUGUCCAACAUCUGUGCGACAAGGAUAGCUUUGUUUGUAAUUGUUAUUGUUAUCAGUACACUAGCAGCGUGUUAUCAAGAUAUGUUAUCAAGUAGACAGCAAAAUGAUAUCAAAACUUUAUCUACAGCUUGUAACAAUUUUAUGAUUUCAUUAUACAAGAAUUUAUCAACCAACAUUGAUAACAUUGGCAACAUUGUAAUUUCUCCUUUGAGUUUACAUAUGACAUUAUCUUUACUGUCCAAUGGUGCUGGAGACCAUACACUGAAUGAAAUAAAAUCUGUUCUUCAUCAUGAUGACAUAAUUUCUUUAAAUAAUGGAUUUAAUAUUCUGGCUCUCUUGUUAAAUGACAUGGAAGACAUAGAAUUGCAUAUAACAAAUAAAAUAUAUAUUCAGAAUGGAUUUGAUUUAAUGGCUGAAUUUUUAACAUUGUGUACAAAUGUAUUUCAAUCUACAAUUUCAAGGUUGGACUUCAAAGAUAAUGGAUUUGCUGUAGAAACGAUUAAUUCAUGGGUCAAAAAAGCAACAAAUAACAAAAUUAUUCAUAUAGUAUCCUCUGAUGAUAUCGAUGAGGAUACAAAAAUUAUGUUAAUAAAUGCUAUUUACUUUAAGAGUAAUUGGUUACGCAAGUUUGAUAAGAUGUAUACAGUAAAGCGCAUAUUUCACGUUUCUAAAACGGAAACAAAUCUUGUUCCGACAAUGUUUCAAAAAUCAAAAUUCUCUUAUGGUAAAAUACCAACUUGGCAUACGACAUUUAUUGAAAUUCCAUAUUUGAAUCAGAACAUUAUAAUGAUAAUAUUAUUACCAGAUAGAGAAAUAGAAUUACAGGUUUUAGAAAAUAAUUUUAACUGGGAAACAUUGGUAAAUGCACCUAGAUUUACCGACGAGAUUGCAUUAUAUCUACCUAAAUUUAAGUUUGAAAUUACCAUAAAUUUGGAAAAUGUUUUGCGUAAGGUCGGAUUAAAUACAAUGUUUCAAGAUAAUGCGGAUUUUACACGUCUUUCAAGCACUCCUUUAAAAGUAAGCUGUGCAUUACAAAAAAUUUUUAUAGAAAUUAAUGAAGAAGGUUCGGAAGCUGCUGCUGCAACAGUUGUAGGAAUGAGAUUGAAAAGGAUGGCAAUUUUACCGAUGGAAUUUGUGGUAGAUCGUCCCUUUUUGUUUGUAAUUGAACAUAAACCAAGCAGAAUACCACUAUUUCUGGGAUGUGUAAGAAAAAUAGAAUUUUUUCAAGACAAAGAUGAAUUAUAAAUAUUUUUUUAUUUUGGAAAUUUUACCACAUUAUGUAUUUGUAAAACAAUAUAUAUUUAUAUGUAUUUAAAA